UUGCAAGAAUGCAGCUUUCCUUCCCAACCGUAAUUGCUACCCUUGCAGCUGUCUUUGCUGUAGCCACUCCAGCAGCUGCCCAGGCUUGUGCCGAGGCUGAUAGGUUUGGCGUUGUUACAAUCAGUCCUACCACGCUCUCUCCCGGUGAAACCUUUACUGUGGCAGCAAAUUUUAGCUGCGCUGUUCAAUUUGGCGUGAAUCCCGAAUUCACUGACUACUACAUCGAAGUCCCUGUGGGUAACAACGGCUUCGAACCUCCUAUCCUACUUGCUCGUCGUACCCUCAAUCCGAGCUCGGCAACUCCUCUCCUCGAUUCAUUCACAACUCAGCUUCCUUUUGCACUCUACUUCAAUGCCUCUUACGUGAUUGUACUGGACACUACUUAUCCGGUGAAUGGAACGAAUGGCUCUCCAUAUUCUGUUGUUGGAAGCGUUGACAAUCCCAUCACCAUCCUCUGAAUGACAAGGGGGUAGUGCAAAUAAGAGCCGCGCAGAUCGUUUUUAGCACGCGUGCUUCGUAGACGCAAUCUUUACAUAUGACUUCUGAUAACUACUGGUACACUUUACAUUAUGAGUACAGGGACAAUGAUACAAUUUCAAUUAGAGCUUCUUCUCUGCGCAGCCGAGUUCCCUGACUUCUAUAGCAAGACAAGUUCAGCCUUGAGUCUUUUCAGUUCCGUUACUGCAGCAUCUAUAUACGACAUGUUCCUUGUUCUUCUUCACCCCACGAACAACUUGUCCGUGUUCCAAAUCUUUCCAAAGCAAUGAAUUCAAGCGAUUUCGGCCCACAGACCGCCGCACCAUUAGUGUUGCCGCCGGUGUGAGUUGGAAUCGAGUUAACAUCGACUCGACUCGGAAAUUUACGCA